UGUUACUCGCUUGUUGUGCAAUGAAAUGCAUAAAGCGAUUUCACCACGGCUUUGUAUAUAAGGACUCGGGCUUUGGGAAAUGUUCAAAGCUGUCGGGGAUGAUCUCUUAGGCCUUACAACUAAACAGUGUCUUUUAUACUGAAGUAUUUCGUCGGUAAUCAAACACACCAUGUCUGACUUGCACGAAAAAGAAGCUAUCCGUCUAUGUAGGAGCACGACAACGAUUGAAACCAUUGUGGACUUGACACGGCACGCCAGUCCACAGGUUCGACAGGCUGCUCUCAAGGAAAUGUGUCCGUGCAGGGUGAAGAAGGACCACGACGAUUUCUGGAAACGCGUUCUCGAAAUGAUCGACGACGAGGCGACUAACGUCCGCUUCCAGGUAUUACACACCCUGUGUGACGGGUCCCCUGCCCACCUUGAAUUCGACGUUGCCGAGGCACUUGACAAGUUCAACAGGGAUCGUGACCCCAAAAUCCGCAGGACAGCGCACAGGGUCCUCACGACUUACUGGAAAACAGGCAAAUGGAACGUCCUAUAAACACGUCUGGUAUGAACCGUCCACAUUACAAUGUGUGCCGUUUAAACCGGUUACCAGACCUCCUCUUCGGUACAGCGGAACCAGGUACAGAGGAAACAGGGGUCGACACACGAUAACCCAGUACCCCCUAUACAAACGUGCCUGUACAAACAAGAGGACCAGGUAUAGAGUGACUAGGGAUCGGCACACGAGAACCAAGUAUCCCCUGUACAAACGUGCCAGGUACCGGUACAACAGAACCAGGUUCAAAGGAAACGGGAGUCGGCACACGGGAACCAAGUAUCCCCGGUACAAACGUGCCAGGUACCGGUACAACAGAACCAGGUUCAAAGGAAACGGGGUCGGCACACGGGAACCAAGUAUCCCCGGUACAAACGCACCAGGUACUUGACCAGGUACGUUUAUCAAGUGAAGUGUAACCAGGGACCUUCGCGUGAGAACCUAGUACCCACGGGGAAAGCGUACCAAAUACCGUACAACAGAACAAGGCCCAAACGAAACGGAAUCGGCAUCUGGGGGACAACAUGUACCAAGGAAGACGUUGUAUAUGAAAAAAACGUUCUUGAAAACUGAUUUCAAUUGGUGUCAGUUUAGAUAUUCUAUACUGUAUUGGAUGAACUGUGCUAUAGUAUUUUCCGGAUAGCAGUUGUAAUUAUUUGGUGAAGCCGAGUUUUUGAAAAUCAACCAAACAUAUGUUUAUUGAUAAAAUAUAAAACACUGCCGAUAUUGUAUUGUUUUACUUUUUU